AUAUGUGUUCUCAUGCUGUUAACGUUUGAGACAGCAUAUCGAUCGCGAGUGUCGUGUGUGUUUGGUGUUUGUGCUGACUAUGUGUGGUAUAAAUGGGAUAUGUGUUUCUUGUAAACAGGUUACAUCAGGCAUGCAUCAAGUUCCAGGAAGAGAUGUCGCCCCUCCACGGCCCAUAGAACGGUACAGACACCUCCGCGACACAAAUACAAGAACAAGAUCUUAUAAGGGAUGGCCGAAAUCUGAUGGAUUAAAAUCGGAAUUGAUUGCAGAUGGGUUUUUUUACCUUGGGGAAAAAGACAGAGUUCAAUGCGCCUACUGUGGUGGUGUGCUUCACAGUUUUAAAGAAAACGAUAAUGUACACAUCGAACAUUAUCGCCAUUUUCCAAAAUGUGAGACUUUUGAUAGCACCGACAGUGAAACAGAAGCCCAUUUAUUUGGACAUGUUACAAUGACACACCUGAGCGAUACGCAGACAGAUGGCACAUCUAGAGGCGAAGAUACUGCCCUAUUAGAGAAGAUUAAAAAGUUGGAUAUGUCUUCAAAUACAAAAUGCCCAAGACAUAAAUACUAUGCCCUAUACAAAGAUCGACUACGAACAUUCAACAACCCAAAGUGGCCAGCAAAUCACCCAAUGAAAAAAGAAACGUUAGCUAAAGCUGGGCUUUUCUAUGCAGGUUUGGGAGACCUUUGUGAGUGCUUCUGCUGUGGAGGACAACUGGAAGAAUUUGAGGAAGGUGACGAUCCUGUUGAGGAGCACGACAAAUACUUCAGUGAUAUUUGUGUUCUGGCUAUCAAUAGAAAACAAUAAAACAUCGACGAGA